AAAGCGCCGUUUGUGUGGCUCUCCCCUCUCUACUGCUUCGCCUUGCCGCCAAGCAUGUAGCUCUUGAGGACCCCGCUGUGAAUACCACUCUUCACUGCUAUCAACCCAUCGCCCCAUCUUCUCUGUUUUUUUCCCCAUUUUGUAGUUGGGUCUUGGUGUUGGUGAGGUUGAGUCUCGCUUGAUCAGCAAUGGCGACGACCAUGGCCGCUACUGCUGCAGGGAGCGCUGUCUCAUCCUUCGCCAAGUUGUCCUCCAGUGCCGUUGCUGGAGCUGGCGUUCAGAAUGCUGCUUUCCCCCGCUCCGCGGCCGCCACUUCUCUGGGAGGCAAGGCCAGCUCUCUCUAUGGCGCCAGCAUGCCAUAUGCACGCAAUGCAGUGUCCGUGAAGGCCUCGUCCACAUCCAGGAACACACUCACUCGGGCAGAGCUCGGCGACAGCCUAGAGGAGUUCCUAGCCAAGGCCACGACCGACAAGAAUCUGGCUAGGUUGCUGGUGUGCAUGGGAGAGGCUCUCCGCACCAUCGCCUUCAAGGUCCGCACUGCAUCUUGCGGUGCCACUGCCUGUGUGAACACCUUCGGCGACGAACAACUUGCCGUUGACAUGCUCGCCGACAAGCUCCUCUUCGAGGCUCUCCGCCACUCCCACGUCUGCAAGUACGCGUGCUCCGAAGAAGAGCCGAUCCUUCAGGACAUGGAAGGUGAGGGUUUCAGCGUCGCAUUCGACCCACUGGACGGCUCCAGUAUCGUCGACACCAACUUCACUGUCGGCACCAUCUUCGGUGUCUGGCCCGGAGACAAGCUCACCGGCAUCACAGGCCGUGACCAAGCUGCCUCAGCUAUGGGCAUUUACGGACCCCGUACGACCUACGUGGUCGCCAUUAACGGCUUCCCCGGCACCCACGAGUUCCUCCUCAUGGAUGACGGCAAAUGGCAGCAUGUGAAGGAGACAACUGAGAUUAAGGAAGGCAAGCUCUUCUCCCCCGGGAACUUGAGGGCCACCUUCGACAACGCCGACUACGAGAAGCUGAUUAACUACUACGUGAGCGAGAAGUACACUCUCCGCUACACGGGAGGCAUGGUUCCCGACGUGAACCAGAUCAUCGUGAAGGAGAGGGGUAUCUUCACUAAUGUAACCUCGCCAACCACCAAGGCCAAGCUGAGGUUGCUGUUUGAGGUUGCACCCUUGGGGUUGCUGAUUGAGAAUGCCGGAGGCUACAGUAGUGAUGGCAAGCAAUCUGUUCUGGACAAGGUGGUGGUGAACACCGACGACAGAACCCAGGUUGCAUAUGGGUCUCGCGAUGAGAUCAUCCGCUUCGAGGAAACGUUGUAUGGCGACUCCAGGCUCAAGGCUGAGCUCGCCGCUGCCACUGUGUAGAUUGUUUUUGUAUCUCUUUUUUUGCACUUUUUUUAAUUUUUUUUUUAUUAUUUUUUAUAAUCAUGGUACACCUUUCCGAGGCAGCAGCAGCAGCAGCUCCGUAGAUGAGAUAUUCUUUUUUUCUCUUGUAAAGGUUGUUCGGUGCAUGGCAUCGUCUCAUGGUUUUCCUUCUUCGCAAGCUGCAGCUUGUCAGGUUAUAGCUGCCACUUGGAAGCUUGUAUUUGUUCUCUGGUACUGGAAUGUGCAAAUUAGUCGAAUAUAAAUUUCAUCACCUGUGUUGUUAGGUGCAAAUAGCUUCUUUA